AACUGAAUUUGCACUUGAAGGUUGGAGCGUCGCUCGUUGUUGGUCGAGCAAAUGAGCGGAGAAAACUUUUCCAACGGGCAUGUACGACCCGGUUUCUCAUUCAAUUUUUACCGCCCACCCUUACAAACGGCAGGGUGUCCGGCAUCCAUGUCCCAAACCCCGAAUGGUGUGGUGGCACCCAAUCGGAAUGCUUUUAUUUCCUGUUCUAAUUCAGGUACAGAUACCCAUCCUUCCAGAACUCCUGCUCACAUGGAAAAACCUAUCGCUUCAUCUCCAGUCCCAAACCUCACGGUGAUCUCUUCUGGAAGUGUACUUCCAAACAACACUAUCGGCGGCUUUCAGGCCCAUUCCGUCUUGAAUAAUCUUUUCCAAUCACUUCUUCGGGCUCGAGUUCCCGUAUCGAACCCACCUUUAACAAUGCCACCGGCUAAUGUGUCCGGAUAUGUAAAUACUUUGGCGACUCCUGAUGGCCGUUUCGUGCCCAGUUCCAAUUCUUCUUCUACCGUCCCAGCUGUGUCAGACCCACAGACGUCACGUUCCUCGUCCACUCAAUCAUCGUCAGCUACCUACUCACCUAUUCCGACGAUUAUUUCUACUUCGAGGCAGCCGCAACCUUCAAAUCCCCCUCCUCCCUUAGUCACGCGUCAUCACAAAGUAUCCCAUAGCUCUAUAGAAUCAUUGUUUAUCCCAGCCAAUAUGGCGAAUGUGCAGCUCGGUUCCGGGAAAUUUUCCGAUCAAGGCAAGCUGCAGAAACUAAAUCCACUGGCCUUCGUUCGCUGGGCCUCGGCCUGUACAAAAUCAUUCCGCCGGGAUCGCAUGUCAGCAUGGCCAUACACUCAAGCCGAAGUCGCUGCUCUGAACGGGAUGAACUGGGUGGUUGCACCAUCCUGCUUGCUUGGAAUUUAUUCGGAGUCUCCAUUUCUUCGACCCGUACUCUUGCUUCGGCGCGUUCAAUUCGCAAUCCCUGGUGCCCCUGUCGUCAACUCUCCAGAUCCAGAUAACAUGAUCCGCACUUUGCGUGACAUAGCCGAUAUGAAGGUGGCGAAACAUCCUUCCUUUUGUCCCUGCCCUCCGAAGUCUGCUGCUUCCGUAGGGUUCUCAACGGACUUCCUUUCUUACCUAUUCACACUUGAUCUUGAUCGAUUGCUGGUAAAGAUUCUAUCCGAUCAGCUGAGAACUGGGCCACGUCCUGCUGUUCCGGAAUGGCGCGUUGUGCUACGCCUUGGCUGGGCCACUUCCAGUUUCUACGUUCCAUGCACCACUCCAAAUAGACAAUUCCCAUCACCCCGUGCGCUUGCUUUGGAAUCUCUCCCACGAUGUUUGGUUGUUCGUGUGGCGGGUCGACAGGUUUCCUUACCUGAUCCGAUCUUUCACGGUGGGCAGGCACAGCGUCUGGGCAGGCGACUCAAGUUGUCCAUCGACAUUACGGACAAGCUUCCCAUCAAAGCUUCAACUCCCAUUCGCAACCGCUUCGUCGAUAUUGAGAUUAAUUGGCUCCAUGCCCCUUUGGAAGAUCAGUCAGUGGAGUUAUUAGACAUGGUCGCCCAUGGGCAACUUACCCCACUGCUGUGCCAUCUCAUUGGCCUCCCGUUGGUUCAGGUCACUCUGGAUCGCGUGUACACAAUCCCCGAUCUGCGUAGCACAUUCCAGCCCAAACCCCCCAAAGGAUCGGUGAUUGACAGCGAGGCUGUAGAUGGGCCGCAUAAGAAUGACAUUCUCACCCUGAUGUACAAUGCGGAUGGAAGCAUGUCAGAUUUCCAACUAGGUAUACUGGGCGCAUACGACAAUUGCAUUCCGUCGUCCAGACGUAUAACCGCGGACUCAGCUCGUUUGUCGCUGAAAUCAAAGUUCAAAAAUUCGGCCGACGAAGAUUUGUGCAUCACGGACGGCGUGAGUGAGAAGUCCGACUACAUCCCUAUAUGUCUUCUGUGCCCUCUCACACGCACUCGAAUCGAGCUUCCGGUGCGUUCGGUCAGCUGUGAGCACUUGCAGUGCUUCGAUCUGACCUCCUACUUAACCAUAAAUCGCCGUCGACCUCGAUGGUCAUGUCCCAUCUGUAGCAACUCCGCGCCGUUUCGUGACCUUCGUUUGGACGAAUUGAUGAUGUCAAUCCUCUUGGAUUCGAGAAGUGAGACUGCCACUUUUGUCCACAUCAACGCUGAGGGCGAGUGGAGUUUGGCCCCUGAUGACGGAGUGGUGGAUGUUCACUCUCCCAGUAAAAUGGACACUGUUGAACCGAAACUCUCUCCGACUCCCGUCUUAAGUGAUCCGCAACUCCCCUCAGUCGUUACUCCUUUAGAAAGGUCGCAGUUAGCCACACAGCGGCAUUCCAGAGAAUCUCCUCCACCUCCUACCUCUAAUGAACCACCCACCCAACCAAGUGCGGAUAACGACGUUGAGGUGAUUAUUCUAAGCGAUGAUGAAGUCGAAGCGAGAGAAUCGGCUGUCCUAUCAUCUGUCGAACAGCAUAGCCAACAACACACUCAUGUGGAAUCCUUAAUUUCUCCUACGAAAAAAGAUCGUUCAGAGCCACCGUCUAACUUGCCAAAAGAGGCAGUUGGACAUACCGGCACCCAUAGUUUCGCCAAUCCCGAUGGGAUUCAGAUCGAUCUCACAGCUGACUCCGACGAUGAUUUUCCGGCGCCUGGUUUACGAGUGCACAGUGCUGUUUCGCGAGCGGAUAGGACACCUGACACCGGUACGUCCAUAACUCCAAUCCCUCCAUCACCGGUCAUCGAUGAGGAGUUCUUACGAAACAAUCGGCCUCUUAUUCUCAUAUCUCCUCUUCCCCCGACUGUCAAUGGGCUUAGUCCGUCUGUUGAUUUGUCGACGACAUCAGAAGUCCCUCCGCUCCGUCAAAAGUCGCCUCCGGCCGAGUCAUCACUCUCUUCUCUCUCUAGUUCAACAAGUGUAUCGGCGUCGAAUGAAAAUUCCAAAGUCCCACAUUCCCUGGAUUCCAAUCGAUCUGAAUUGGACCCCACUUCAUGCCGUCGCCUAUUUGAUUGCAUCGCUCAAAUGCGCGCAGAACAUACAAUCACAUCUACUAGCCACACAAACUCUUCGACCGAUCCAAAAAAGUCCGUUUCCAGGUCUGAGAGCACUAAUUCACGCGAUAAAAGUCGGCGCCUAUCUUCCGGGAACAAUGGCGUUUAUAAAUCAAAAACAUCCAGCAGUCGUGGUUUACGUGAGCCGAAUUUUGUGCGUCCAGUCGCCUCAUACUUGGAUGACCCAUCGGACCUGAACAAUUGUGUUCCAGGUUUGGAAUUGUCCGACUAUUCUGAUGCUGAAAAUGAAUUCAUCGUGACGACGACCCCGGCAUUCCCCUGUUCUUCAACGAGUGGGCGCGAGCGUCCACCUAUUUUGAAGACGAACCAAGCCACCGCCUUGGCCCGUUUGAUGCAACAGCGCUCUGGCCGCCAGUCGACCCCAGCUACAGUUUCAAACACCAGUCGCUCAACUAACGCACCUCGAAACUGCGCAAGACGUGGCGGAAGCACCCACCCUCCCAAUGUUCCCCCGGCUUCUUCCUCCAAGCCGCUUUUCCAUAAGCGGUCUAGACGUCGUGUCCUUCCAGGGGUGGAAAGUGAAGAAACAGACUCUUCAGAUAACUUAUCUGAAGUAAGCUCAGAAAUGUCCUGCGUCUCUGCCUCCGAUCCCUCCGGACCAUCGUCCUCUAGUUCCUUGUCGAAAAACAGCGAGGAGGAGGAGGAGGAAAGUGAAGAGUCCUCCUCAUCCGACGAUCGCUGGUCUCCCUCACGGUUUCGUACUGUACAUACCACCAAGCGAGGAAAACGCAAAAUGCUAUCCCGACGGUGACACUCCGACUUUUUCAGACUCCUUCUACUUUUCUGUUUUAUGCAUUUCUGACAUACUACGCUGUCCGGAGACAGAGAAACUCCCAGUUCCCGUGUUCUCUCCAUCGGCGUGCACGCUAUCCAUACGUGCGUGCCGUUGAUGUCAGUAUUAUUUCUCUGACUUAACUGGCCUUUCUUAUCGCCUUGGCACGGUUGCACUUAUCGUCGAACAUUAAACAGUCUAUUAUACACAUCUUUUUCUUCCUUUUUUCUUUUUCCUACUUGCCAACACGUGCGCUGUUCAUCUUCCCUUAGCUGCUUAUUCUUGGGACUUACCACUUUCUCUUCGAUUUCAGAUGGUACACACACACACACGCGUACAUCCCUGUAAAUAUUGAUAGUCAUUGCUGUUACUAUUGCCACCGUUAUCAUUGUUCUCAUCGUUGUACUGGGCAGUAACACUGUCUCCUCGUGGAGUGUUCGGCCUGUCACAUUUCUACGGUUUAUUAGUCGGAAGCAAAGAACGAUCUACUCACCUCUGCUUUCUAUAUCGCUUUCGGUUUCCUUGCAGUCCACUUGCGUUAACUCAGCGUGCUCACUUUUACGUCUGCUUGUAUGAUGGUGUGCACACGACUUCCUGACCACCACGUCUGCCCUAAUCUGGGUUUGAGCAUUCGCUUAUUCUUGGCUAUUGCCAUCUGUGUUAGCCAUUUACCUAGCAAGCAUUUAUCAUUUCCCAUGGCGUCGUCGUUCGAGUGGGGGUGAAUCUCAAUCCUUCAGAUGACCGCUCCAAUGAGUCAUGAACACCUCUGGAAUACUCACUUUCGACUUCGAAUUUUGAUGUCUCAAUCAUCAUCAUCAUCAAUACAUGAUAGCUUAGGGUGAGAAACACACAUCAAAUUUUGACGCUGCCUGUUGUAUUCUCCCCAGUUGUUUCCUUACUACACGCCCCGUUUCAACUAAUGAUGUUGGUAUGAGUCCCUAAGAUUUUCUCCUGCUGCCAAGUAACUGUACUUUGAUCCCCGAUUUGGCGGCUUAUUUUACUCUGCAUUCGAUCGGGUUACGUCGAUGAAAUUGUGGCUGGUUGGUGUGAACCUCUUGGCUUGGGAUCGAAAUCACAGUCGGUCAUUCCUAGGCUAUCACCGAGUUUCCAUUGUUAUGUUUUAAUUUAGGAAUUCACAUAGGAAACCACAAUCUUUUCUCUGUUUAGGUUGCCAGUUCACCUCUUCUUCUUGGACGCC